AACUGUAAAAUUUUUAGAAGCACUGACGUCAACAACGUAGCCUGUCAAAAUCGUCAAAAUGGCGGAGAAGAAGAAAGGAAAGAAACGUAAAGAGGAGUAUGUGGCUCCCGGCGAAGAAGUUGCUGAUAAACCGGCGAAAGAGGAGUUUGUCAUCGCCAAAUGGAUGCGGAAAAAUGUUCCAAUUAAGAAAACUAAGUUUCUUAACCACAAUGUUGAGUAUUUCACUGCUAAAAGAGCCGUUGAUGCGCUCUUGGAGUCAAAGUGGGCCCAAGGCGACGAGCCCCUGUUCAAAACUCGCGAAGAUAUCGUUGAUUAUCUUCACUUGAUGCUUGAACACAAGUUCUACCACAGGGCGAGAAAAGUGCCAGUUUCGGAACAAGAGCUGAAAGGCAAGAAGAAGGAGAAGAAGAAUGAAUCGGAGGAGAAGGAAAAGUCGAAAGAAAAGGAAAAAGGGACAGAUGCCGAGAGCAGUGUCGUUGAAGGAAAAGAUAAGGAACAACAACCUGAAAAAGAGAAGAGGAAGAAGAAAAUCAGGUUGGAAAUGCACAACGAUCAAAGAUUUGUUGACGGAAUGGACGCCUAUGUGUGGAUUUACGACCCGAUCCCCUUCCACUACUGGAUCUUCGGUACUUUACUAGUUUUGGGGGCUAUAGGUGUUUGUCUCUUCCCAUUGUGGCCCCCUUCAGUGAGGUUGGGAGUGUAUUAUUUGAGCGUCGCUGCUGCCGGUUUUUUGGUAACAAUUAUCGUUUUGGCUGUGAUUCGCCUUAUAAUCUUCUGUCUGAUUUGGGUGUUUACGUUGGGCAAGCACCACUUGUGGAUUCUUCCGAAUUUAACCGAAGACGUGGGUUUUUUCGCUUCGUUUUGGCCGCUUUAUACAUACGAGUAUAAAGGCGGCGAGGCGAAGAAAGAGAAGAAGAAGAAGAAAAAAGAUAAAGAUUCGGACGGCGAGCAGGAGGAUGAGAAGAGUAAAGAAGUGAAGAAGGUGGAGGAUGAGGAAAAAAUUAGUGAGAUUGGUAACGAGGGCGGGAGCCAGGUGGAAGCGCUGGGCGCCUCGGAGACGGAGAGCGAGUCGAGUCAGAGGUCGAGUACAGGGAAGGAUUUCGAAAUAGUCGAUCAGGAUGAAUUGGAGUCUUAAUUAGUUCGGUUAGUCGCACAUUUCCGGUCUGGUGUAGAUAAUUUGGAGUUUUUGGGUGAUUCGAGAGUUUUCGUUUUGGUUUUUUAAGUGAUCAAAGUUUGAAAAUUUUCGCAUUUAUUUUGAUUUUGGGAGUUUUUCAUGAUUUUUGGUGCUAUUAGAGAAAUUGCCCAUUAUUUAUUAUUUUUCUAAUCUCCAUUAACUGCAUUUAGACAAUUUAAUCUCCUACCAAGUGUUUUCAUAUAAUUAUAUUGAUAUUGAUAUACAGAAAUAAAGAAUAUUGUAUAUAAUUAA